AUGGCCCCUCAACUCCAUCAGCGACCUCCCUUCCGCGCCGAGCACCUGGGCUCGCUGCUUCGCCCCCAGGAGCUCCUCGAGAAGAAGACGGCCGCAGAAAAGGGUGAACUUCCCGAGACGGAUCUAAAAGCAGUCGAAGAUAAGGAAGUUCAAGAUAUAGUGGCAACCCAGCAGAGUUUGGGAUACCAUGCGAUAUCAGAUGGCGAAUAUCGCCGUCACAUGUUCUGGGGGACCUUCUUCCCCGGCCUGGAUGGCUUCGAAGAGGUGACCGACUUUGAUGUCGAGAUUUUCCGUCCAUAUGCUCCGGACAUUGCGGCCUUCUUGGAAUCCGGCCACAAGCCUGGCGAGACUGUCCUGUGCACGGGCAAAAUCAAGCAUGUGGGCAGCACAUAUGUCGACCAGUUCAAAUAUCUUGCCAGCCUUGUCCCCCAGAAUGAAGUCAAGAACCUCAAGAUCACUCUGGCAGCGCCAAACUGGUACCACUUGCGUUAUCGUGAGGGUCAGGCGUAUCCGAAGGACGUGUACGCCAAUGACGAGGAGUACUUUGGUGAUAUUGCCAGGGCCUGCCAGGCGGAACUUAAGAUUCUAUACGACGCUGGUUGCCGCAAUGUUCAAUACGAUGACCCGAACUUGGCCUACUUUUGCUCUGAGAAGUUUCUGAAAGGCUUCCAGGAAGACACUGCAAAUGUGUACAAUGCCGAGGAUCUGUUCCAAAAGUACAUUGACUUGUAUAAUGACUGUUUGGUCGGACUGCCUGACGAUAUGCACGUCGGCGUGCAUCUGUGCCGCGGAAACUUUGUGGGCAGCCGUCACUUCUCCGAAGGUGGCUAUGACCGCAUUGCCACCAAGCUCUUCCAGGAGCUCAAUGUGCACACCUACUAUCUCGAAUACGACACCCCGCGUGCCGGUGGCUUUGAGCCCCUCAAGCAUCUUCCAGUCCACAAAAAUGUCAUUUUGGGAGUGGUGACUAGCAAAUUUGCCCAACUUGAGGACAAGGAAGAGAUGAAGAAGCGAGUUAUCGAUGCGGCCAAGUUCAUUGCAGAGGGAAACAACAUCUCCCUUGAAGCUGCGCUGAAUCAAGUCGGUGUGAGCCCCCAGUGUGGCUUUGCUUCUCAUCGGGAGGGCAAUGCCAUCGACCGAGAAGGCAUGAUCAACAAGCUGGAGCUCGUGCGACAGAUUGCUGAUGACAUUUGGCCUGAUCAGCCUUGA